CUGACUCGCCAGUUGUAAACCAUGCGCUCGCCCUGUGCACUCGUCACUCGUGGCAAGCCGACGCUGCAAAGUUCAUACUACAUACAUUGCCACCAUUUGGUUGUAUGUUUAAGUUAAAUGGCUGGUAAUCUGCUUGUUUUUAAUAACGAAAGCCGAUCUUCCUCCCCAAUAAGUCAUCAUUUAGAAGUGGUAUAAGAAUCUAAUCAUAUUUUCGAAUGAAAUGCAAUAGCGCACGUCGCAAAUUCCAAAUUGUCACUGGGACAUUUUGUUGUCUUGUAACUGUGCUUGUUAAGGUUCCGUUCAUGGGAAACUCAUACCGAUACCGGUCAGCCAUCUUAAAUGACGGUUAAGUUCAACUAUCACAUGUUGUUUCCAUCGAAUGCUAAUAAAAAUGUAGGUGAGUAAAGUAUAGUUAAAUAUUGUUUGCAAGGUGGGGCAGACAUGUACACGGCGGCGAAGUAAUUGUAGUAAUUACUUGCGGGUAGUUCAGUCGCUUUACGGUUUUGACAUGCAAAUCCCCCGUGAGCCUAUACUCACGAUAAUUAUGCCGUUAAACAGUAAUGCUGUAGCACAAUGUUCUUGUUUUGAGUGCGCGCCAGUCUUGUAACUCGGGCACCGGCAAAUUCAUUUAUUUAAGUAGUGCUAAACAUAGAUUAUAUUAUUUUCCAGUUCGUGUUUCAAUAAUAAUGCAGAUACACUGUUCCUUUUGCACUCUGUUUCUGAUCGUGACUUUUUGAACUGCUUUUUUCUGUGAAUUCGCUUUAAUUACCAUACCUGAAAUCGAAUUAGAACUGUACACAGGCAGUGCAGAUAAGCAAGUACACAUAACAGCUAUGAUCACUUAGCAAACAUACAUGAGUCAGUCUUAUAACGAAAGAAGUGCCAAGGUCAUAGAUCGUUCUUCUUCACUCAGUGGUGAUAUUUGUGAAGUGAAACAAAUUAUAAUGUUGUAAGUAAUAAUUAUACAAUGUGAGAGCAGCAAUCAAUUGGAAUCUAAUUAGCUGGAUAGAAGAAUUCUGUCAAGGAGAAAGAAACGCAACAGAAGAUGGGCGAUCUGCGCGCGAUGUCGGUGCUCAGCACGUACCGGGACGACAUGUCACAGGACAUGAACACCGACCGAGACAACGGUAGCGAAGCGUCCACCCGCGCCGCAGAGGCCUGCGCGUGCGGCGAGCCCGCUUUGCCCGACGUCUCCGCCACUGGCAAUGGCAAACACACUGCCAACCAUUGCUCCAUCGUCAUGGGUGGAAUACAGAAUAACCCCUCUCUGACGUUCAACGAUCAUGUCCGAUCCGUCGACUUUGUGCUGGUGUGGGAAGCCGGUAAGGAGGACGCCUCCAGGCCCGAGGCAUACGAACAGCGCCGUGUCUUUCAAGACAACCUGGAAAAGGAAGGUCUGCAGCUAGAGUCAGAGGCACCGGCGAACUUGCACGGACUGAAUUUUAUUAAGAUCCACGCGCCACUUUCGGUUUUAAGAGAUUAUAGCGAAAUAUUAAAACUUCGAAUGCCAAUGAAGGAAUGCAGUAAGAUUCGAAAAGGUGGGAAGACGAAUGCGAUACUGAAUGCUGCAAUGUAUAUGUCUAAGUUUUCAGCGCUGAAAGAUGUGUCGGAGAAGACAAAUAGUUUUAUAGACCGAAUAGAGGCGGGGUGGGACCGCGUCAUGUCAAAGAUUCGCGUGGACCCUGUCAAGUUUCCGGAGCGAAAGCACCGCCUCACGGCCAUAUACUCAAAGGACAAAGAAUAUCUGUUCGACACGUCGGCGGAGUGCUUUUGGACGCCGUCGAUCCGGUCGCGCAUCGUGCAGUUCAUCCUCGACCGCAAGAGGUUCUCCGAAGCCGAGAACGAUGAGUUCGCGUUCGGCAUCGCCCGGCUCAUAACUAAUGGCACUUACAGCGCGGCUUAUCCAUUGCACGACGGCGACCUGAAGACGCCGGGAUCCAUGCGGCACCUACUCUAUACGGAGUGGGCGAGCGUCUCCAAAUGUCUCAAAUAUCAACCGUUAGACUAUGUUAAAGACUAUUUCGGCGUCAAAAUAGGGUUGUACUUCGCGUGGCUCGGCUUUUACACCAACAUGCUGAUCCCGGCAUCUCUCGUGGGGCUAAUUUGCUUCAUAUACUCGGCUGCUACCGUGUACCAAAACAGUCCGAGCGAGCAAGUAUGCAACUAUAACUCGUCGAUUAAGAUGUGCCCGCAGUGCGACUACUACUGCGACUACUGGGACCUGAAGACCACUUGCCUCCAGGCCCGGAUCACUUAUCUAUUCGAUAACCCUACCACUGUAUUUUUCGCCAUUUUCAUGAGUUUUUGGGGGGCGUGUUUCCUGGAGCUGUGGAAGCGCUACUCGGCGGAGAUGACGCACCGCUGGGACCUCACCGGCUUCGACGUGUACGAGGAGCACCCGCGCCCGCAGUACCUCGCGCGCCUCGCGCACGUGAAGCGGACACAGCUGAACGUGGUGACAGGGCAGCGCGAGCCGAUGGUCCCGUUCUGGCGCAUGCGGCUGCCCGCCACCCUCAUGUCCUUCAGCGUGGUGGCGCUGCUCGUGCUGCUGGCGUUGGCCGCCGUGCUCGGCGUCGUGCUCUACCGCAUGUCGCUGCUCGGCGCCAUCGCGCUGCGCCACCACGACAACGUGCUCAUCACGCACAACCCCAUCAUGUUCACCACCGCCACGGCGGCCUUCAUCAACUUGUUCCUUAUAUGCAUUUUUAACUACAUUUACCAAUGCCUGGCCGAGUGGCUGACGGAGAAGGAGCUGCUGCGAACGCAGACUGAGUUCGACGACUCGCUGACGCUGAAGAUCUACCUGCUGCAAUUCGUCAACUACUACGCGUCCAUCUUCUACAUCGCCUUCUUCAAGGGCAAGUUCAUCGGCCGCCCCGGUGCUUACAACCGCUUCUUCGGACAGAGACAGGAGGAGUGCUCGCCCGGCGGCUGUCUGCUGGAGCUGUCCAUCCAGCUGGCCAUCAUCAUGGUGGGCAAGCAGUUCAUCAACACGGUGGUCGAGAUGCUCAUGCCCUAUUUGCUCAAGUGGUGGUACAUCAUACGCACCAUCGGAAGGAAAAACCAGAUUAAAAGUCCUUUGCAGUGGGUGAAAGAUUUCAAACUGGUCGAUUUCGGUAACAUGGGUCUUUUUCCGGAAUAUUUAGAAAUGGUGUUACAGUACGGUUUCGUGACGAUCUUCGUGGCGGCGUUCCCGCUGGCGCCGCUGUUCGCGCUCAUCAACAACGUGCUGGAGAUGCGGCUGGACGCCAAGAAGUUUCUGUCGUGCUACCGCCGCCCCGUGCCGCAGCGCGUCAACGACAUCGGCGUCUGGUACCGCAUCCUCGACUCUAUCGGGAAACUAAGCAUCAUCACUAACGGCUUCAUAAUCGCGUUCACGUCGGACUUCAUUCCCCGCCUGGUGUACCAAUUCGCGAACGCGGGCUCGCUGGAGAACUACGUGAAUCACACGCUGGCCGACUUCAACGUCACCGUGCUGGAGCACGUGCCGCCCAACGCCAGGGACAGCUACAACGAGACCACGUGCAGCUUCCCGGGCUACUGGCACUCGGGCGACGACCACAACUACGAGCGCAGCAACCUCUACUGGCACAACAUGGGCGCUAGACUCGCAUUUGUCGUCGUUUUUGAGAACGUGGUGGCCCUGGUGAUGAUAAUAGUGCGGUGGGCGAUCCCGGACAUGUCGGGCGACCUGCGCGACCGCAUCCGGCGCGAGGCCUACGUCAUCAACAGCUUCAUCCUGGAGGAGACGCGCGCGCGCUCGCUGCCGGAGCGCGCGCGCUCCUCCGCCUCCGCGUGCGCGCACGAGCCCGCGGCCGCGCCCUCGCCCGCGCCAGGCGACGCCUGCGCCAGGCCUCCAGAUGAGGGCGAGCCGACGUGGAACCACCUGCUGUCGUCGUCGCUGUCGGGGUCGGAUUUCGACCUGGCGGCGCACGGCGACCACCAGGCGCUGCGCGCCAUCACGCAACCGCCGCCCACCUCGCAGCCGCCGCCCGCGCACGUCUAGUCAAGCGCGACACAACUACCCAUGGAUAGCGGAAGACUACUUUACCUUUUUCUUCUGUCUACUUUAACUUUUUCCGGUCAUAUCCACUGAGUUAGAAUGUAGGUUCGACUUACCGCUUGCGUACGCAACGUCAAGGACAAGUACAUCAACGCACGCAAACUUGUGUUGCAAUGUAACCGAGCCUGAGAUAACAGUGGAAAUAUUUCGCUGUAACUUAUAACGUUUUGGUAAACUUUUACAAGAUUAACUUUUUACUAACGUUUAUUUAUGAAAUAAGUAGAAUUUACCCUGAGUGUAUUAAGCGGAUCAAUGAUUAGUAACCAAGGUAAACAUUUUGUACGUACUACCUGUCCUUAUUAUGUGUCGAUCAUGACGUAACUCUAUGGUGUUGCGACAUUACUCAGUAAUCUUCACCAUCCGUAUUAUACAAAAUGUCCACAUCACAUAUUCUAGAAAAUAAUCUAUUUUUAACCGAAAUGAAACUAUGGAAACUAUGAUCUAAAUAAAAAGCAUAAGCACAAUUGAUUUAUAGCUAAAUUAAUAAAAACAAUUUCUCCAUGAUUUUAAAUCGACGUUCGAGUUGCAAUAAAAUAAAAUGUUAAACUUCCAUGGAAGUAAUUACAGGUUGUAGCUCAGUAUAAAUAGGGAUGCUGGCGUGUAAAGACACCCGCUUAAGGUGCAGUGAGUUCAGGUCCUUCUCCGAACGCAGCUCGCUGAGCACUGAGCGGACGGCCGUGCGUGCCCGGCAUAUCAUUGUUAUUGAAUAAAAAUAAUCGAUGAGUGCGUUCAAAAUUAAAAUUACGCAUUUUUGGUUAUUUGCUGAGUUAUCAUGUUAAUAGCUUUUGUGCAAAAAUAGUUACAAAUUAUUAACAGUGCGUUUAGUUGUUAUAUCAGUUUUGGAAUCGAUGAAGUUACUAGAAAAAGGUCAUAAGAUUGUAACUCACAUUUUUUGGCAACCGUAGGUACUCUGCUGGCUGAACGCACUGCACCCUAAGAGUAAUUGUGAUGAAAAACAUCUUAAACCGAACCUUGUAAUACGAAAAUUAAUUCGCAAAUAACAGAAUCUCGAGACAAAUUAAACUUUAAAUGUUUUAGCAUUAGAGUUAUAAUUUAUAAUAUAUUUUAUUUUCUAUUUGUGUAGUUUAUCAAUGUAGUAAGUUAGUAAAUUACAAUGUGUAAUGUUAAUAAUUUAUUAUGAACUUCGCCAAAGAAAUGCCCAUAAACAAGAACCCAGGCACAGGAGUUUAUCGCGCACAUAUUUAAUUUUAAUAUUUUUAUAAAUGAGCCGAAACGUAACUUACAGUCUCGAACGGUUUUCUCUCUGUUGUCUUGCUUGAAGCGAAGGAUAGUUAUACGUAUUUAUAUUAAUUGUUGUUUUCAAUUCACGACUGUACAAAUUUUGAAUAUUGGUGCAAUUAUAGAUUGUAGGCAUCGCAUUUAAAUACAUGUUGUGAUUCAUGGUCCUUAAUGCUAAUCCAACGUUGAUACCAGAACUAACGGUUACUUUCGGGAUUUUAGAAAAAUAAUGUGUCAAGGUACUACUGUAGGACAAACUUCUUUAAAAUUAUUACGUUUCAAAUAACAUUUGCACAGUCUGUGCUAUCCAAAUUACUGCAGAGUUAGCCUGAUUUGACUCUAUUUAAUGAAGUGACAUACGAGCGAGUCUCAGACCACCUCAACGACUAGACGGAGCACGUAAGACAAUUGAGGUCACCACACAUGGGGCGCUCAUGGGCCUUACAAAUUUAGUAUGGUUUUGCACACAAUUACGACCAGUACUAAUGAAAUAAUCUUUAGGAGUAUAUCGGGGCAGUACAUAAUAGUAUUUUACAAGUAAAACUGUGCCUACGUGUGGUAACCUCGUGAUGUUUGCAAACGCUUCAUAAUACGGUGUCUGUGUGGUCUGUGGAGCGAGUUCAUAAGCAUUAUAAACAACUUCAAACGUAUAUGUUAUUUUACUUUCUAUAUAAUUUUAAACACGUGUAGGUAAUAGUACAGUCAGACGCAAUAAUAUGUAUCGAGAGAAUCUUCUCAUAAAUAUGGUACUACGCUCUUAUUACACUGGAAUAAGAUGCUAUGGGACAUAUUUUUGAGUAAGAUGUGUACACCCAUAUUUUUACACUUGACUGUUCCAUACACGGCCAUAUUAGUCAAGAGGUGAACCAUAAAAAUACUCUUUAUUCAUUGGUAUUUUUUUGUGCCUAUGCAUAAAAUUGAAAUAAAGACUAUAAUGAAUCUCAA